AUGAUAAAUUAGUAGAAUGUUAAUCUAUAAAGCAAUGUUAAGGUGCAAUCUAUAUUAGGGUUUAUUCCAGCAUUAGUAUUUUAGCAUAUUUUAGAGAAUCAAAUAAAGGGAAUAAAAGGUCAUGUUCCAGAGAUUCAGUCAUUUAAGAGUGUAAUAAUGUUUGCUGAUAUUUGUGGAUUUACAAAUUUAACAGAAUAGCUUUCAAAAAUAGGUCCUGAAGGAUCAGAAGUGAUAGCAUUUGCUAUAAAUAGAUAUAUGGAAUUAUUGAUAAAAUCGAUAUCAAAGAGUGGAGGAGAUAUAUUCAAAUUUGCAGGAGAUGCAAUAAUAGUAGUAUGGCCACCUCCAACAGGAUAGAAUGACAAAGAUGAACAAUUAAGAACUUUACUUCGUUAAGGAAUAUAGAGUGCUUUAGAUAUCUAAGCAAAAUUAAAUGAUACAUUCAUAUUAGAAAAUAUUAAACUAUCUGUUAAAAUAGGAUUCGGAGUUGGAGAUAUAAAUAUAUUAUAUGUAGGAGGAGUGUUUAAUAGAAAUGAAUUCUUAGCCACAGGAUAAGCAUUGAUUUAAGCAUUUGAGAGUGAACAUUGUGCUACUAAAGGAGGCCAAGUCAUUAUAUCUCAAGAUGUAUUUCAAAUGGUUGGAUAAUAUUAUAAUUGUAUCAAAGUCGAUGAUCAUUAAUACUAUUUUGUACAUUCUAAUAAAGGAGCUAAAGUCUAAAACAUAUCAAAUGCUUUAUUAAUUAAAAAUAAAAUAAGUCCUUAAUCAUUUGAAUCAAUCAAAAAUCAUUUAAUUAGAUACAUACCUGCUGCUUUAUAAUAAUACAUAUUUGUAAGUCUGCAUAUAAAUUUAGGUAGAUUAAGAAAAGUGGAGUUCAGAAUUAAGAAUAUUAACAAUUAUGUUUGUUAAUCUUAACAUUGAUUUAUCAGUUGCACUUAAUUCUGAUGGGUUAACUCAUAUUUAAUAAGUUAUAGAAACUGUAUAAAAAUCAAUAUAUGCAUUCUAAGGAUCACUUAACAAAAUCUUGAUGGAUGAUAAAGGAUCUACUUUAAUUGUUGUAUUUGGUUUACCUCCUAUGUCUAAAUAAGAUGAUCCAGCUAGAGCAGUAAUGACUGCUAUUACAAUGUAGUAAGAAUUGAAGGCAAUAAAUUGUUCCUGUAAGAUUGGUAUUUCAACUGGAUGUACUUUUGCUGGAGUAGUUGGAACUAGUGGUUCUAGAAGAGAGUAAUUAUCAAUAUUUAAUUUAUAAUAGAUAUUCUGUUAUUGGAGAUUCUGUUAAUCUUGCAGCUAGAUUAAUGUAAAUUGCAUGUAAAGAUGAACAUCAUUCUAUUUUACUUGAUCUAGAAACAUCUAAAGAAGCGUUAUAGAAAAUGAAUAUAUCUUAUUAUAAAUCUGUUUAGGUUAAAGGAAAAGCUGAAAAAGUAAACAUCUAUUAUCCAGAAUCAAACUUAGAAUUAAAUAAAAUUAGAAUUCAUAAUCCUUUUUUUCCAAGACUUUUAGAUAAUUAUUUAUUUGAUGUAAAUAAUCUUCGAUUGAUCUAAAGAAUUAUCUAAUAGUUUUAAAUACAAAAUUCAUCUAAUGGUCUUCUAAAAAUCUCAGGUAAUUAAGGAUCAGGUAAAUCAUACUGUGUUAAAUAAUGUAUUGAUUUAUUCUAACAAGAUUUUAACUUUCUAUAAAUUAGAUUAUGCUCAUUUUUGUAGAAAGAAUAAUAAUAUUUAUAUGCUAUUAAAAUUAUAUUCUAACAUUUUCUUAAAUAAAUAGCUAUCAAAUUAAAUUUACCAAAUGACUUUUAAUUAUUAAAUCAAAUAUUUGAUUCAAAUUAGGAUUAAUUAAUAUAGUUAUUUGACUUUGAACCUAUUAGUUAAAUCUAAAUAUUUGAUAAAUAAUUGAAAAAGAAAAAUGAUUCCUCUGAAUCCUUAGAUAUUCAAAUGCUCAAAGAAAAAAUUGACUGUUUAUUUACAAAAUAUCAAUCAAUUACAAACUCUCAGAAAAUAAUAUUUGUAUUAGAUGAUGGUCAUAAUAUUGAUGAAGAUUCUCUCAAAAUUAUUAAGCAUCUCAUGAAACACAAUAAAUUCAUUCUAUUCAUUUUUAUUUUUAGACAUGAUUACUUUGAACAAUUCUAAUUUCAUGAAUAACAUUAAAAUUAAAUCUAAAUGAUUGAAGAUGAAUUAGAAUCAAUUGCUACUAAAUUAAAUGACAUCAGUAAUUUUGAAUAUAUUAGUUUUAAAAAUCUAUUAUUAUCUGAUUUUUAAGUCUUACUAUCUGAUUUAUUUCAUAUCAAUAAAAUUAAAUGUUCAAAAAAUUAAGAACUUUCUAAUCUUCAAGAUUAGAAUAUUCUUCAUUAUGAAUACAUUAAAACUUAAAUGAUGUAAUGUAACACUCAAGAAUUUUUCAUAUAAACUCUUUAUCGAAAAACCUAAGGAAAUCCCCUUACAUUUAUCACUUUAGUAAAUAUUCAUCAUUUAUUAUUAUUAGAUUGAAAAAUUAUUAAAGGACAAUUAUAUUAUUAUAGAUAAUAAAUAAUAAGAAAUUGCUACUCUGAAUGAUUGCCUCUUAAAUAUAUUAAAUUUAGAUGAAUUUGUAAUUUUAGAAGCUCCACUUAAUAAAAUUAGAAUUAAUUCAUCAUAUUUAGACAAAAUAGGAUGUUUAGAAUUAUUAAUACUUAAAGUAGCAUCAAUUAUUGGAGAUAUAUUUGAUGUUUAAACACUUAAUAAAAUUCAACCAUUUAAAGAAGUAAUUUAAAAAGAAAAUUUAAUUAAAAUUUUAAAUAGUUUAGAGGAAUCCGAAAUAAUUGAAACAAUGGAACUUAAUGAUUUGAAUAAAUAUUAUAGAUUUGCUAAACCAUUUCUUAGAGAAAUAAUUUAUUAAAGAUUAUUGUUUUCUUAACGAAGAGAAUUACAUAAAUUUUAUGCUUAAGCUUUAUAAGAGAUUCCAUCUUAAUUUGAAAUUAAUGAAAAAUUAGAAGCUUAAAGAUUGGAACAUAAUUGGAUUUUAGCUGAAUAAAAAUGGAAUAGUUAAUCUAACAUAAAACAUAGAGAAUUAGAAUUAUCACAUAAAGCUAAAAGAUCUAUAAUUAUUAAAUCAAUUUAAACUAAAUUAAUUACUAAAACUAAUAAUAUUAAAUUAGGUUUAUUAAAAAAGAAAUCAGAUAAAAAUGUUACUUGGGCAGAAAGAUAUUGUUUAAUGACCUAAAAAGAAUUUAAAUAUUAUUAUAGUGAAUUAGAUUAUCAUAGAUAACCAUAGAAUGCAUUAGGAACAAUAAAUUUAAGUAGUAUUUAUUAGAUCGUUCCUCUUAAUGAUAAAGAAAAAGUUAAUUCAAAAUAUGCUUUUGAAAUUAGAACUGGUGGUUGGUUUAAAAGAUAAAAAUUAAUGCCAAGAAGAGAUUUCUAUUUCUCAGCAAUAAGUGAAGAAGGAAUGGAAGAAUGGACUAUCUAUAUUGAAUUUAUGAGAGUUAAAGCUACUUAUGAUGAAUUUGUUAAUAAUUUUGGCAAAAUCUAAUUUCCAAUUGCUAAUUUUAAAGAAUUUUAUGAUAUGUCUUUAGGUACAGAAAUGAACAACUAUUAAAAAUAAACAUAAAAGAAGAAUAAAAAAUCUAAUAUGAUUCAAAGUUAAAAAAGGAACACUUUUCUAUCUACCAACAGUAUUUGUAAAGAAUCUGCAGUUGAAAAAGAAUAAAAAUAAAAUAAAGAGGAACUCAAACUACUAAUAUCUAAAUUUUUAAAUAAAAGUUAAUUAUUAUUAUUUUCUCAUAUAUUUCAGAAUUCUAUUUCUAGUAAAAAUCACAUUGUUAUAGGAUAAACUACUUAGGCUAUGUUAAAUUUUCGAUAAUUUUUUAUGAAAACUGUUUCAGUAUAUUUAUAGUAAUAAUAAUAAGAAAGUGAAACUAUCUAAACAGAAGAAUCUCCAAAAACAAGACCUAGAGCAAGUAUGAACACUACAGAAUAAUUUGUUUUAUAGAAAUAAGUAGAAUUAAUAUCAAAUGGUCUAAGAAAUACAAAAAGAAAAUAAACUAAUGAAUAAUUUUAUAAUAAGAGAUCAAAAAGUUCAGAAUUUCUUGUUUAGUUCAAUGAAAAUUAAAAUUUGGAAUAAUAAAAACAAAGUUGA